UGCUGACAAGAUGGUGUUGAGAUAUCUACACAUUUUCCAACUUGUUAUCAUUCUUUUUGUUUAUGGUUUUACGGUGGCACUGGAAAAACAACUGCUUUGUACAUCCCAUGACAUUGAUAUUUUAUAUUCCUAUUGUGGCUCUGGGAGAGAUACAUUCUUCUUUUCAGUGGAGCCAUGUUUGUUACGGGAUCGUACAGAAUGGCAAGGUACUAUUUUCUGGAUUCCAAAGGCUGAUUUGACAGUUGUUGACGCACGCAUACAGUUGUGGAAUGGACCUUUAAAAGCCUUAAAAUGGGAGAGUACUGUUUGUCAUGGUGUGGAUGAUGACUAUUCAUAUUGUGGAACUCUGAAGGGAGAAACAAUCAAGACAACUGUGAAAAUCAGAGAUUCACAUUCACAAUAUCGGAAGCUUUUAAAGGGGGAAUACAUUGCAUCUCUUGAAGUAUUCACAGGUCUGAAGGAGUUGGUAACUUGUGUGAAUUAUACACUGAUUCUUAAGUAGGGUCUAUUUUGGUGAGGAGGCUUUGGGAAAUCACCUCACAGCAUCUGAUCUUUGAAAUUGUGGAAUUGUACCAUUGAUGUAAUUAGCUGAAAACAAAUGUAAGAUGAAGAGAAAUGUUCAUUAUAUAUGAGGCAACGUGAAGCUUUAAUAAAGUGUCUUGCUUGACAAAACUUCAAAACAACCAGUCUAUUAAAACUG